UGAGAUUAGAAGUAACGAGUAGACCACAAUAAAGAAAGGACUACCAAAUCGGGGCUCACCAAUCACAAAUCUCUUUCAAAGGAAGCUCUCCUCACGAGCAGAGCUCCUUCCUUCCAUUUAACAGAACCAGAGACUACAGAGAUACAAAGUUAAUCAGUGGCAAAUGGACCAAGCCGAACUUACUACUGAGCAGGUUCUUAAGAGGGACAUCCCAUGGGAGACUUAUAUGAUGACAAAGCUGAUCUCAGGGACAGACCUUCAACUUUUGAGGCGUUAUGAUAAUCGAUCUGAGAGUCAACGAGCUCAAUUGCUAGACGAUGAUGGUCCGGCUUAUGUUCGGGUGUUUGUUAACAUCCUACGAGAUAUAUUUAAAGAUGAAACAGUUGAAUAUGUUCUGGCUUUAAUUGAUGAAAUGCUAGCAGCUAACCCAAAAAGAGCCAGAUUAUUCCAUGAUAAGUCUCUCACAAAUGAGGAUACUUAUGAGCCUUUCUUAAGAUUGCUGUGGAAAGGUAACUGGUAUAUACAAGAAAAGAGCUGCAAGAUACUUGCCUUGAUCAUAAGUGAUAGGCCAAAAACUCAAGAUGGCACCAUUGCAAAUGGAGAAGCCUCAAAUUCAAAGAGAAAAGGUACUACCAUCAGUGACGUGUUGAAAGGAUUGGUUGAAUGGCUUUGUGCUCAGCUGAAGAAGCCUUCACAUCCUAGUCGGGGCGUUCCGAGUGCUAUUAGUUGCCUAGCAACAUUACUUAAGGAACCUGUAGUCAGGUCUUCCUUUGUUCAAGCAGAUGGAGUGAAACUGCUGAUUCCUUUAAUUUCUCCUGCUUCUACCCAGCAAUCUAUGCAGCUUCUUUAUGAAACUUGCCUCUGUGUCUGGCUAUUAUCUUACUAUGAACCGGCAAUUGAAUACUUGGCUACUUCUAGAACCUUGCCGCGACUAAUAGAUGUUGUUAAAAGUUCCACAAAAGAGAAGGUUGUCAGGGUUAUUGUCUUGACCUUCAAGAACUUGCUCUCCAGAGGUACUUUUGGUGCGCAGAUGGUAGACCUUGGCCUACCACAAGUUGUUCAAAGCUUGAAAACACAAGCGUGGAGUGAUGAGGACUUGUUGGAGGCUCUGAACCAACUGGAAGAAGGCCUAAGGGAUAAUAUUAAGAAACUGAGUUCUUUUGAUAAGUAUAAGCAAGAAGUCCUCCUUGGGCAUCUUGACUGGACUCCUAUGCACAAAGAUCCUAUAUUCUGGCGUGAAAACUUAAACAACUUUGAAGAGAAUGAUUUCCAGAUUCUGAGGGUCCUCAUUACAAUUUUGGAUACAUCUAAUGACUCAAGAGCCUUGGCGGUUGCUUGCUUUGAUCUCUCACAGUUUAUCCAGAACCACCCUGCUGGACGGAUUAUAGUGACAGAUCUCAAGGCUAAGGAAAGGGUGAUGAAGCUCAUGAACCAUGAAAAUGCUGAAGUCACCAAAAAUGCCCUACUGUGUAUCCAAAGGCUAUUCCUAGGCGCCAAGUAUGCAAGCUUUUUGCAGGCCUGAUUUUCUGGUUGCAAGCGUGUAAUAAUAGUUUAAUGCUGAUUGUGCCAUCCGCAAAUGAGACUGCUUAAAUUGAAUGGACCCCGGAGUCGGCUACUCGGUUCUUUGGUAGUGAUUAUUGAUAAGAGCUCUUUGUUAGACAUGCAGUCGUGGAAAAACUGAAGAGUUAGCCCAUCUGAAUCGUUGAAUAUUAUUUACAUUCUGAGGUAUAUUUAAUUAUUUAUUUCUUUUUUCUUGGGGUGUAUAUACGCUUUGUGAUUUCCUCGAUUGAUUAAUAAGGCCAUCUUGCAAUGGGAAAAUUACCUUA